CCGGACGUGAGGUACCGGAAGUGAGAUAGCGGAAGUGAGAUAACGGAAGUGACGCGCUGUGUGCCGGAAGCAAACCCUCCUGGUGGAAAAUGGCCGAAUACUUAGCUUCGAUUUUCGGGACCGAGAAGGAUAAGGUUAACUGUUCCUUCUAUUUCAAAAUUGGAGCUUGUCGCCAUGGAGAUCGUUGUUCUCGGCUUCACAAUAAACCCACUUUCAGUCAGACAAUUGUGCUGCUGAAUCUAUACCGCAACCCUCAGAACACAGCACAGAGUGCAGAUGGAUCUCACUAUAUCUUUGGGCAGGUUAAGAAAAGUUCCUUGUCUUUACAUCCCUCCGUUACAGGCCAUGUGAGCGACGUUGAAGUGCAGGAGCAUUAUGAUGACUUCUUUGAGGAAGUUUUCACAGAAAUGGAACAAAAGUAUGGUGAGGUUGAAGAGAUGAAUAUCUGCGACAAUCUUGGCGAUCACCUUGUGGGGAAUGUGUAUGUUAAGUUCCGGAGAGAGGAGGAUGCAGAACGUGCCCUUGUGGAGCUAAACAAUCGCUGGUUCAAUGGACAGGCCAUUCACGCAGAGCUGUCACCAGUCACAGAUUUCAGGGAGUCAUGCUGUCGGCAGUAUGAAAUGGGGGAGUGCACCCGAGGCGGGUUCUGUAACUUCAUGCAUUUGAAGCCCAUUUCCAGCGCACUCCGGCGACAGUUAUAUGGACGCGGGCGCAAUCGAGCAACUGGACCAAAGGCUCCAUCCCCCAAGCGGUUCUCGGACAAACAACGGCCCAAUGAUCGAGACAGGCGUCGACGUUCAAGAUCCCCACGACACCGAUAUGGACGUUUCUGAAACUCGUUAACACCAUUGUGACAGAGAAAUGUGGAAUUACUCAACCCAACCACGCCUAGGACUAUAAACCGUUUCACUGCUGGAGGGUUUUACGCAUUUUGGUUUUGAAGCCAUUUUAGUUCCCUCUGGUACUGAAGCAGUUAAAACUGUAGGGACCAUCCUCUGGCUGUGUCAGUUUAACCCUCUCCUUACCAACUCUCAAAGGCAACCUUUAAAAAAAAAUAAAAAAAAAUUUAGUUUAAGGGAGAAUUGGAUUCAACUGACAGAAGGGCCCAGACGUCAGAGCAAUGCUGCCACAACGGUCCAAUCGUCAGUUUCUCUGUAUAAUCUACUUUAAAAAAAAUAAACCCACGCUCCUGUUACUUGAGGAGAGGGGUGUUUUACCUGGACCUCUAGGUGCUGUACUACAAUUCCUAUAAUUCUCUGCCAGCCAUCAUCAGUUGGAGGUCCAGCUUAGACAUCCUUCUUCUUUGUGACUUUCCUGAAGAAUAGUGCGUCCGGCCCCCGUUCCUCUUACUCUUGGCAGUUGCCGUUUUGUGACAGUCACGUUUUUGCUAAAAUGAAGGCUAAAGUAAUCUGCCAUCUCGAUUUUCCAGCCAGCCUCAUGAGGUACGAUAAACCCAAUACUUUGCAAUGAAACUGGCUGGGACAUCUUGAAAUGCUAAGUUUGGAUUCCAACUCCUAUCGGCUGUGACUAAUAUUUCUGAUUGUGAUGGAGAUGUGUUAAUUCAGCAGCUGGAAGGCUGCAAGUUGUCUGCCCCUGUUGUAAAGAUAUCUUCCCUAUUUUUAUAUCAUUUUGUGAACAAAACUGAACCAUCAAUUCUUAUUGUGUAGCUGCAGCUGUUACAAAUCUACAAAGAGGGAAUCUGUGUAGCCCUCAAACAUUCUGUAUAAGUUGCCUUAAAGUCCUAUUAAUGUAUAAAGCAUUUUCAUACUC